AUGGGUGCCCUGUGGAACGUGGACACUUGCAGCAAUUCCGCGAUGAGCGGUCACAUGGAUUGCCUAGUAUAUACGCACGGGAAAACGAGUGCCUAUAGAACGUGGGACACGUGCAUGAACGCUGCGUGGAACGGUCAUAUAGACUGCCUGAUAUGUGCACGGGAAAACAGGUGCCCGUGGAACGAGGACACGUGCAUUUAUGCUGCAUGGAAUGGUCACAAGGACUGCCUGGUAUACGCUCGGGAAAACGGGUGCCCUUGGGACGAGCGGACGUGUAGUUAUGCCUCGUUUGAAGGUCACUUAGACUGUCUGGUUUACGCAAGGGAAAACGGGUGCUCUUGGGACGAGCAGACCUGUAGAUACGCUAGGUUGAACGGUCACAUGGACUGUCUAGAUUAUGCCAAAAAAAAAAACGGUUGCACCAGGGGCAAAUUCAAUAACACAACAUGCUUAACUGUAAUGUGUCUGUUUAUAAUAACUUACAUUUUAUUUGUUAAAGAAUCCUAUAGCAGGAUACUAGAAAGAGCUUGA